UGGACGUGCCCCUCCAGUACCUGUCGGAACGAUCGACUCUUUAGGAAUUCUGGCCCAGAAAUUUGGCAGGAGAGCUGGAAAUAUGAAGUUUGUUUAAGAUGAUGGAACACUAAAUGAUUACAAAAUUCGCAAAUUAAUGAACAAGUGGUUCUUUCUUUUUCACAUGGCAACCCUAGCGGCUUAUUUUGGAUUGGGAGAGCAAAAGCACAGGAGCUUGGAUGAUGUUCAAAUGAAUUUGGAGGUUCUUAAGCACUGUGCAACUGUAUUAUUCCUGGAAUCGAGUCUACCGGAUAUAUUGGGUUGUCCCAGUCAGGGGUCUCCAACAGUUGCCACAAGGAGUAGAACCAACGGGAGGUUAAGAUCAUAUGGAGGAGAAACAAGUAGAAAAUCUCCACCUAUUCCUAGCCUUGGAUACCAUAGAGUACUACCUUAUGCACGAAACACUAUUGUACAGAUGACAGACAACCAGAUCGAUAUUCUCUGCAAGGCCGGGUAAUGGACACCAUUAGAUAGACAACUUCCUAAUAAACCAAUCUCAAUCAGGGUUGGAAUGAAGAAAGAAGCAAACUAAAAACUAAGGUUUCAACUUUGAAACUGGUGAUGGAAAAUAGAAUUUUCCUAAUCUACCUAGGUGGCAUAAAGCCUGUUCGUACAGUCACUACUA